AGCACCCGUACUACUUCCUGCUGCCUCGCGCAGACUCAAAGCGUUGCAGAAUGCGGAUUUCGAAGCUAACUCGGCUAGCUAGCCUCUUUUGCUAAAAACAAGCUAGUUGUUGUGACUCUUCCGACGGUUAAAAUGUCUAAAGCGCAGCCCCAGCUCCCAUUAUCUUCAGCAGCGACGACCUCCGGGGCACACUCGUCGUCCUCUUCGUCUUCGUCCGUGGGGGGCUCGACAUCUCCCGCAACUGUGUUGAACAUUCAGCCCGAGAAACCUCAACACUACACGUACUUGAAGGAGUUCCGAACAGAGCAGUGCCCGCUGUUUGUACAGCACAAAUGUACACAACACAGACCCUUUUCCUGUUUUCACUGGCACUUCCUGAACCAGCGGCGCCGCAGGCCCAUGCGCAGACGGGACGGAACCUUCAACUACAGUCCAGAUGUUUACUGUACCAAAUUUGACGAAGGAUCGGGGACCUGUCCUGAUGGAGACGAGUGUGCAUUUCUACAUCGGACAGCAGGGGACACAGAGCGAAGAUACCACCUGCGCUACUAUAAGACAGGCUCAUGUAUCCAUGAAACAGAUACAAAAGGCCACUGCAGCAAGAAUGGCCCCCAUUGUGCCUUUGCACAUGGAUCACACGACUUGCGCAGCCCUGUGUAUGAUAUCAGGGAAGUUCAAAUGAUGGAGUCUCAAGGUGGCUCUGGACCGACAGAAGGAGCCGGUGGAGAUGCACAGUCAGGCCAGGCAGCAAGUACGGCCCUUAUAGAGAAGAUACUAAGUGAAGAACCAAACUGGCAAGAUAACAACUACGUGCUGUCCCACUACAAGACGGAGCUCUGUAAGAAGCCACCCCGCCUGUGUCGUCAAGGUUACGCCUGUCCAUAUUACCAUAACAGCAAAGACAGGCGGCGUAGCCCACACAAGUACAAAUACAGAGCGUUGCCGUGUCCAGCUGUGAAGCAGAGUGAGGAGUGGGGAGAUCCUAGCAAAUGUGAGGGUGCCGAGGGAUGCCAGUAUUGCCACACGAGGACGGAACAACAGUUCCACCCGGAGAUUUAUCAGUCCACUAAGUGUAAUGACAUGCAACAGUGCGGCAGCUGUCCCAGAGGCCCUUUCUGUGCUUUCGCACAUGUUGAGAAGCCCAUGGUCCUCGAGAAACCAUCAUUCAACUCUCCCAGCUCCCCCCCACCUCCACGACCUCCAGAUCCUGGUUUCGAAGAAGAGGUGGACACAAGUGCACACAAUUUAGGGCUUGGUCAUGUCGCUGACCCCUUCUCACCCUUGGCUGGGUCACGUGGAGCUGAGCAAGGACUGCUAGGUAACGUGCUUACUCUGUGUGAGGCCAUAAGAGAUGGCGGCGAGCCUUUGUCGCCCUGGGCAAGAGAGGGAGGCUAUGGCAGGGCACCUGGAUUUGAAAGGGAGGAUCAGGCCAAGCAAAGGAGUUUUGCUCUUGAACAGCGUAGCAGAGAGAUGACACUAGUACAAAGCAAACAGGAUCUGUUGGUAUGUUUGCCAGUGGGCAGCCCUUUAAGUAUAUCCUCUAGCAUCCCCUCCAGUUUGGCUGCCACUCCGCCCAGCCCUGCACCUCCCGGACCCCCGGGAAGCAGCAUCGCAUCAGGGAUGAAUGCCAACGCAUUGCCAUUCUAUCCCACCAGUGAGACAGUGGAGUCAGUUGUUGAGUCAGCACUGGAUGAUCUUGACCUGAAUGAUUUUGGUGUGUCUGCAUUGGAGAGAGGUUUGGAUAGUAACUCUUCUCUGCCGAGUGUGGGAGUUAUGCUAGGAAGAAGCCAGCUUCGGAGCUCAGCCCCAGUCAACAUCCCAGGAUCCUUUAGCACGUCUGCUCCUUUUAGCUCACCUUCACCGUCCCCGCCAAUCAGACCCCACACCUCUCCAUUUUUCUCUACUCAGCUGUCACAACCUGGUCAACAGGAGACCGCCUUCCUGGGACCAUCUCAUAGCUCUUUAGGUCUUAACGGCAUGAGCAGUAACAUCUGGGAGCACUUUCCGUCAGGCCAAGACUCCCCCAGCACCCCUCCUACCUUGCUACCCUCCGGUCCCUGUGCAGAGACCACCAGGCUCAAACAGGAGCUGGAGGAGGCUCACAGAGGGCUGAAGCAGUGGGAUCACAGCUGGAGACACACAGCUCAGUCCUGGGCUACACUGAAAGCAGACGCAGAGGAGUCGCGCGCCCAUGCAGUGCGGUUGGCCAUGGAGGCGGAGAGAAGCAGGCAGGGGGAGGAGGAGGCACAGAGACAAGCUGCUCUCCUGGAGGAGGCGCUUGAGACCCUAAGGAACGGAGAAAACCCCCAUCGAGCACUACACCAGCUCCAGCUGUUACACAGACUGCCCCUGGAGUCUGUGCUCAGUCUGCAGGCACAGCUGUGCAGCUGCCUACACGCUGUGGAGCAGGUGGCGUACAAAAAAAAGAGGCAGUGUUGCAUAUCUUGUGGCGAGCAGGGCUCGGUCUCUUUGUCAUGCGGCCAUGGACUGCAGUGCCAGAAGUGCUCCAGCUCGACGGAGUGUCCUCUCUGCCCCGAACAAGCGCUGGAGCAGCAGAAGCAGCAACAACUCUCCUGACCUCUGGGACCACCGUAGAGUCCGCACACCUGUCAGCCCGUCCUGAUUCCACAACUACCAGCCAUGGAUCUCUGCCACCAUCCCAAACCUUCCUGCUCUUUGUAACAUGAGCACACUUGAUUCCUGGCAAUUUGAGUGAUUAAUAAGCUCUUUGUGUGGGAAGAAAGACAAAUCAUUCCAGUAUUGACAAUGGGAACACCAAUAUAUAUAUUUAAUUAUUGACCAGCAACACUGAUCUUCUCCACUUACUGUCGUCUCAAACAGCACUUGUUGCUCCUUUCACACAAACUGUGGACCAUAUCUGAAAGAAAGUGUACUUUAUCUGGUACACUUGUGCACUAAAAUGCCCCACGUUAUGUAAAAUGACAAUUCAUAACGUGCGUUGUAUUGGUCAAGUGUACCUAAUCAAGUGGUAGUCUGUAAGGAUAGUCUCAGAGUUGUCCACAUUUCCGCAAAGAGUAAGAAAUGUUCAUUUAAUUUGCUUUUUCUACUUUUAUACAUUUCUGUGUCAUCAUUUUUGGCAAAAUGUGUAAAUGGAUGAAUGACUGAAGAAACUAGUACAUAUUUAUUGACAUAAUCAAAGGUAGUCUUCAGGUAUAAUGUAACACACCUUAAAAUUCAUAUAUAGUCCCAUCCUGUUACAAAUUGUAAAUUGCUACAGCCAAAGGGGGCCAACAUAUUAGGUAGUGCUCAUCUAGGAUUAUUCAAUUUGUUUUUUAGCAAAAUAAAAAUGUGACUAUUUAGAUUUAGAUUGAACUCUACAACAUGCAUCCUCUGUAAAGCACUCAGGUAGAAACAUGAAGAGGGAUGCAUAUGAACACAAUCAAUGUAAAUAUACUCAGUUGACUUGUGUACACAUUUGUUUCUUUAUACCUGCCUUUGUUGAGAACCAUGUGAUGCUUUCAGACAUUUCAUUGUAGUUUAUUAUUUACAUCAUAAUCUAUUGCACUGGUAAGACAAAACAUCAAAAAGUGAACUGGACAGAGGUUAUUUUAUUCUACACCAGUCUUUCCUUAUCAAUGGAUUUAGUUGUGUUGUUUUUUUUUGGUAAAGAUCAUUAAAGCAAAUUGUAUAUUUUUGGAAGAUAAAGUGAUUGUGUGUAUGU